AUGUGUGCUUUUUAUAUUAUUAAGAAAUUCAAGUUAUUACAAGAAAAGGAAAGAGCUGAAAAAAAUAUUGAAAAAAAGAUUAUUGACAAGAGGAUCAUAUUUGGAAUGGAUGAAGAGAUGCAUGAUCAUACAGAAAAUUCUUCUCUCCACAAACCAUUAUUAGGUACAACAAGUAGUGAUCAUCAUCAUCAUUCACCUUCUCGUCAUCAACAGAAACAAAAACCUUCCUUUAUCAUUCCAAUUGAACAUAUCGAAAUUGAAAAGAAAGUGGCAGCUGGUGGUUUUGGUGUUGUCUAUAAAGGAAAAUUAUGGAACAAGGUGGAUGUUGCCAUUAAAUUGUUAAAAGCAUCCGACCGAGAGGAAAUGGAUGAAGAAUUUGAAAAGGAAGUUUCACUAGUGAGUUCGUUAAGACAUGCCAAUAUAGUGACUUUUUAUGGAAUUUGUCUGACUUCUGAUAGCAAGUAUAUGGUUACAGAAUUUCUUUCGAAAGGAUCCUUAGACAAAAUUAUUUCAAAAAGCAAACAAGGAUUGGAACCUCUGAGUUUGGUAACAAAACUUUUUAUUCUCAUCGGAACUGCUAAAGGAAUGGAAUAUUUACAUGGAAUGACACCAAGAGUUAUUCAUAGAGAUUUGAAACCUGGAAACAUUUUAUUGGAUUCUCAUUUUGAAGCCAAAAUUUGUGAUUUUGGAAUUAGUCGAACGGUGGCCAAUACAACCACUGCCAUGCAAAGUGCAUUUACCAUGAAUUUGGGAACAUUGUUUUAUAUGGCACCUGAACUAUUGGAUCCUCAAUCGGAACAAUUCAUGAGCAACAUGAGCAAGCAAGAACGAGUCGAUUAUUACACCAAACUCGACGUGUAUAGUUUUGGAAUCAUUUUGCACGAAGUGUUUUUUGAGGAAACUCCCUUUGUUUCCAAUGCUAGUAAGCUUUCUCCACUCAAUAGUGUUGGCACAAGUUCAAGCGAUUAUUCGAAUCAUUGUUUCAACAUUCCACAAUUGGUACUUCAGGGAAAAAGACCUACCAUUCCUUUCAGCACCGAAGAGCAAGUGCUGACAUGGAUACAGGAAUACAUGCCAUUGAGUGAGAGAAAGUCGUUGAGAAAUUUACCACAAAGUAUUUUGAUGUAUUUCAGUGUGGUAGAACGUGCAUGGUCCUCUCAACCUUUGUCAAGACCAACAUUUACUGAAAUUAGAAAAAGUUUAGAAGAAAUUUAUUUGCUCAUUCAACAAGAUACAGAACUUUAA